UAAUCACCCGCUUUACUUCCAGAUGGCGUUCCAGCCAAGCUGUCGGCUGAAUGAAAAAAAAUGGCUCGUGACUAAUGCCAAUCAGAUUUUAGGUUCCGAUCCAUUGCGAGGGACACCAAUUUUUAUUGUCUUCUUUCUUUAACGUAACACACAAACACACUCCAUACAUGACAUGACACUCUACAUCUUUACCUACCCCUCACCUUUUUCCCCCCCGCCUUCCAUCCAUCGCUCAUCAUCCGCUGACGAGUUUGGUGCCCUCUGAAACCAGGCAAGGCAUGGUAUGAUAGCGACCUGAAAACUUACCAAAAAGAUCGGCAAGAUGGUGGCGAACUUCAAAGACGUUUCGAAGACCCAUCUCGCCAGGCGCAGACGGACUCUGCCGAAUUCUUCACUAAGAAGGCCGUCGUCGAAACGCAAACGGAAUGGCAACGUCAAGUCAAGAACAAGAAGAACGACGACUAUUACAAGAGUCUCAAACAGCUGGAGGAGAAUGUCGUGCACAAGGAGGUGAAACUGCGCGAAGCUUCUCACCAGUUCGCCAUCCCGGGCGAGAAGAUUGUCAAGAGUUCCAUGGCUAAAGGCAUGGCCCAAAGCUAUGAAACCAAACUGGAUCACUCGACGGAGACGGACCAGAUGACGACAGUCAUCAGCCGGCAGUCGGUGGAGCGCCAAACGGCGACAAGUCGCAAGACGAGCGAAGCGCACCGUUCCGAAGUGCACAUCGAUUCGGAUCGCGGAGGUCUGCCACCUGACCCGUUUGAAUCGUCUGUUCACGGACGCGAAGUGCACGUUGCCAAGCAGAAACAAACCCAAAAGGAAACCAAAGGGCAGCUGGAAAUUACGCGUAAGAUCACAGCCACUGAAACUACCGAAGUGGAACACAAAGGUCGCACGCACGAGCGUGUCGUCCAGGGACAAGUGAAACCGGCUGUUCCGCCAUUUUUCACCAAGAAGAUCCAGCCCUGCCGCGUCUUUGAGCACGAAAGUGCCCGUUUCGAAGUGGAAUUUGAAGGCGACCCGACUCCGACCGUUACCUGGUUCCGCGAGGACUUCCCCAUCAAGAACUCGUCCGAGUUCCAGAUCCACAAUUUCGGUUCCAAAUCCGUGCUGACCAUCCGACAAGUCUUUAUGGAAGACUCGGGCAUCUUCGCCGCAGUCGCCGAAAACCGAGGCGGAGGCGCUAAAUGCAGCGCCAAUUUGGUUGUUGAGGAAAGACCUGUUGGACGUGGUGGACUCGUUCCGCCAUCUUUCCUCAGCACCAUUCAGGACACGAGCGUCAAGGCCGGCCAAUUGAUUCGCUUCGAUGCCAAAGUGACUGGAACCAAACCGAUGGACAUUUACUGGCUGAAGAAUGGCCGUAAAAUCGCAUCCGACAUCCGCUACAAAAUCCUGGAAGAGGACGACGUCUACACGCUCAUCAUCAUCGAAACGCUGCCCGAAGAUUCGGGCGUUUACGAAUGCGUGGCCAUCAACUCUGCCGGCGAAGGUCGUUGCGAAGCGCAGUGCUACGUCGAAAUGGCCCAAGUGGUCAAAUCCGGCGGAUCAUCGCCCGACGUUAAAGGCUCUACCAAAUCUUCGACGUCCGCCCCGCGUUUCGCUUUGGCCAUGAAGGAGCAGAACGUUCCGGAAGGUCAAGCGGCCGUCUUCCGAUGCCGCGUGGCUGGUAACCCUCUUCCGCAAGUCAACUGGGAAAAGGACGGCCAACAGAUCAAGCCUUCGCGUUAUUUCAUCAUGUCGCAAGAAGGUAGCGAUACGUACGUCCUCCGCAUUUCGGAAGCUUUCCCGGAAGAUGAGGGCACCUACCGAUGCGUCAUCGCAAACCCAUCCGGCCAGGCUGAAUGCUCUGCCAGCCUCCACGUCAUCGCUCCCGAUUCUGGAGAUGUUCCACCAUCGCUGACUAACCUGGAAGAUGUCAAUGUCGUUGAGGGUAGCCCUGUGCAAUUCCGCACUUUGGUUAGCGGCACUCCGCUACCGACCAUUCAAUGGAUGCGCGAGGGUCAAAUCAUCCCACCUUCAAGCGACUUUCAGCAGAUGAUCCAGGAAGGUAACCACGCCGUUUUGCUGAUUAAAACCACCUACCCGGAGGAUUCGGGCGUCUACACGUGUCGCGCCACCAACCCGGCCAGUCAAGUGGAGUCGUCUGCGUACCUGACCGUGCACAGUAAGCCCUAAAAAAAAAAAAAAAACACACACAAAAACAAAAACAAAACGAAACAACAAUCUCCAUAACACACGCACGCAUUGAUUGUCUGACCUCUUUAUUUUUUUUUUUUGUUUUCUCGUCUUCCGUUAACGCGGACGAGCAAAUCAGAGAGCAGCGACGUGAGUUGUGUUUGAUUAUGGGGAUAUUUUUAUGUGCCACAAGAAAGAAUCGGAGAAAACUCGAUUUUGUUUUGUUUGUUUUUUUUUUUCAAAUUUCCCGCUACUACGCUGAACCGGCCCAGUUAUCAAAAAAACGGAAACAAAAAAAUAUUCAAAAAAGAAAGAAAAAAAAAAAUGCAGCUUAUUUUUAUGAUAAACCCAAACAAAAGACAAAGAGUUUUGUGUCAAAUUACAAAUUAACCUUUUAUUAGUUAGAUUUUAUUAACUCGUUACACAAUUUGAUUUUUUAUCAGUUUUUUUUUCGUUGAAUUAUCUCUCUCCCACAUGAUAUACGACGUUUUAUGACACUCUUCUCUCUUUCAUCAGUCUAUCGUCUCUCUCUCUCUCUCUCUCUCUCUCGACGUAUUUUUUUAUUAUUAUUAUUUUGCAUUGUCAGCCCAGCUAACAAAAACCCUUAAUAAAAAAAAAAACGAAAAACAAACUGGACAGAGGUUGAAUGGAAACAAGGGGACAAAAGAGUCUUUGAGGAGAUGGGCCGAAUCGCUGCAUAAUUAUGUGUGUGUGUUUGUGUUGUUGUUGUUCCAGUCAAAAACAAAAAAUCCAGUGAGAGAGAGAGGGAGAGAGAGGCCAUCAAAUUCUCGUCCUCCUCUUGUUUUCACUUCCGUUUUCCUCUGUCCAGUUUAUUAUCUUUCACGCUCCCUCGAAUAAUUCAAUGUGUCUUUAUAAUUAUUUUAUUGGCGCCACUGUUUACUAACGCAGUUCCUUUUUGACUCGGCUUUUUUAUUCCACACUUUUUUGGAUCAUUGUAGUGAGAGCAUAAAACAAAAACCCAACUCUCUACCCCUUUGAAGUGCCUUUUGAAAUUUUACAAUUUUUGACAAUUAUUUUCCUACUCAUUCGUUUGGAAGGUGAUCGCAGCUUUUUUAUAUUUGGACAAAAAAAUCCUUUGAUAUAAUCACAAACGCCAUAUUUGAUGUAGAGCAAAAAAAAGAUAAAGGCUUUUUCUUAUUUCUUAUUGUCGUUGUCGUGCCACACCCAAACGCUCUUUUGAUGAA